UACAUCAUUUUAAAAAUAUUGUCGUAAUUAUUUUAAAAGUAGCUUGGGUUAUUUCUUUGAUAACCUUUGUAUAAAACCAGCGUGUUUGGCACGCUAUACUUCAGUGUUUAUAACAACUUGGUGGACAUCAAUAUUGAAUGCGAGUAAAUUUCUAACGAAUAAACGAAUACAUUAAACAUUAUGUGGGCACAAUAUCUGUCGAUUCCAGAAGUAAAUAAUUUAGAAAGUGAACGUUUUAUUAAAAUAUUCGGCAAUAUAGUGGAGCAUUGUUUGGCAGCCGGAAUUGGCAUUUUAAAAAAUAGGCCAUUUGGAGAUGUUGAAGAUGUGGUUAAAGCAAUAUUUCAAUAUUUAGAUGGGCUUAAAUUAAGUGAAAAAGAAAAAAUUCUUCAAUUAUAUCCGGAUAGCGUAAGCAAACUGGCAGGUUUCAGCAACUCUAUGCUCGAGUUCAAUACACACCAAAAGAUAGUCAACGCAGCUCCAACCAACAUCCGUUUCGAAGACAAAAAAAGACUAAAACAGCUGAGCAAAAACUAUAAGGAAAAAUUUGGAUUUCCAUUUAUCUUGUGUUCCAAAGAUGAGAAUAUCGACAAUAUAUGCGAAACAAUCGAAUCGAGGAUGCUAAAUGAUAAAAACACCGAGAUUGAAGUUGCUUUAGAAGAAGUGAAAAAAAUCGCUAAGCUUAGGAUUUAUGAAAUUAUUAAAUAAACUUUACAAUUAAUCAAUUACACUCAUAGAAUGUAGCAGUUUCAAAAACUUGUAAAACUGUACUGACUAAAAAUAAAUCAUGUUUGUUCUCAUGUAAAUUGGUAACAAAUAUCUGUAUUUAUGGGUGGUUUGGAUGAAAAAUUGACAACAAUAAUUGUGCGUCGAAUAAUUAAAUUUGAAAUUUCAAGUUAAUUAAAACAUACUUGCGAAAAAAAUGUCAAUAUACUGUUUAUUCAAUUGUCACUACUGUUUAUUCAAUGUUAAUAUAUUGUUUAUUCAUUUUCGAAAAUACCAAAACCACACCAUUUUUAUUUAAAAUAAAACUGUGCCUUUUUAUUCACAUUAAUGGAUUCAUCAUUUUAUGUUGUUUUACAUAAUGCAUUUUUUGCACAUAAUUUUAAUGCCACUUGUAGAAAAAUAUUGUAAUAAUUAUUUCUUGGUGGGUUGACUAAAAAUAAAGAAUAUACUUGUAAAUAUUUUUUAAAUAA